AUGGCCGACUUUGUCAAGCUCUCCAUCUUCGGCACCGUCUUCGAGGUCACCACCCGCUAUGUCGACCUCCAACCCGUAGGCAUGGGCGCCUUCGGUCUCGUCUGCUCCGCAAACGACCAGCUCACCAACACUUCGGUCGCCAUCAAGAAGAUCAUGAAGCCCUUCUCCACCCCCGUCCUCUCCAAGCGCACCUACCGCGAGCUCAAGCUGCUCAAACACAUCCGCCACGAGAACAUCAUCAGCCUUAGCGACAUCUUCAUCUCGCCCCUCGAGGACAUCUACUUUGUCACCGAACUCCUCGGCACCGACCUCCACCGCCUCCUCACAAGCCGUCCGCUCGAAAAACAGUUCAUCCAGUACUUCCUCUACCAGAUCCUCCGUGGCCUCAAGUACGUGCACUCGGCAGGCGUCGUCCACCGCGAUCUCAAGCCAAGCAACAUCCUCGUCAAUGAGAACUGCGAUCUCAAGAUUUGCGACUUUGGUCUGGCACGAAUCCAGGACCCGCAGAUGACCGGCUACGUCAGCACGCGCUACUACCGCGCGCCCGAGAUCAUGCUCACCUGGCAAAAGUACGACGUCGCCGUCGACGUCUGGAGCGCCGGAUGCAUCUUUGCCGAGAUGCUCGAGGGCAAGCCGCUCUUCCCGGGCAAGGACCACGUCAACCAGUUCUCCAUCAUCACCGAGCUCCUCGGCACACCACCAGACGAGGUCAUCAAGACCAUCUGCUCCGAAAACACGCUGCGCUUCGUACAGUCGCUGCCCAAGCGCGAGCGCGUGCCCUUUUCGCAAAAGUUCAAAAACGCAGACCCCAUGGCGUUGGAUCUGCUCGAAAAGAUGCUCGUCUUCGACCCGAGAACACGCAUCAGCGCCGCAGAGGCGCUCGCGCAUCCCUACCUCGCACCCUACCACGACCCCACCGACGAGCCCGAGGCCGAAGAGGCCUUCGACUGGUCCUUCAACGACGCCGACCUGCCCGUAGACACCUGGAAGGUCAUGAUGUACUCGGAGAUCCUCGACUUCCACAACAUCGACAACUCGGGCCAGGACGAGGGUCCCGUCCCGCCCGUCAACAACUGA